GGAGGUUUGACUUGCGAAAAACUAAAGACAGCAUAAUAAUCAAGAACCGAAGAGGUACGAUCUGCUGUUGUUGUUUCCUGUUCCUGUUCCCGUUCUUUACUGUUUCCUUUUUUCGGCCUUGAACGUCCCCGAAUUACCGAGCAAUCGCGUACCCAGCAGAAUUUCUUGCUUCCUCCCACCCCAGUUCCUUCUUUUUUACCGAGCAAGAUUGACCGGGGAGGACACACGUUUCACGCCUCGCUGAAGGAGCUUGCACCCUGACCGGAGCAAGGUGGGUAGAUUUGACUUGCUGAUGCGGAGAUUGAGCUGCUUGUGCUUGGGAGUCGCCUUGUUCUUGCGGUGAGUGAUCCGUCGGAGGAUAUUGGUGGCUGGUGGCUGGUGGGGUUAAGAGGCCGUACACGAGCUGUAUGGGAUAUGUUCAGAGAUGAAAAUUAGAAGCGAGACAUGGGUUGCGUGCUUGGUCGAGAGGUGUCGUCCGGCAUAGUCACAGAGUCCAAAGGGCGGGAUAGUUCGGAGGUCGAGACCAGCAAGAGGGAUGAUUCGGUCGCUGCGAAGGUAGAGGGAGAGGGUAAAGCCGAGGAGGUGCGGACCGAGGAGACCCAGAAGAAGGAGAAGGUCGAAGAUGAUCAGCAGUCACGGGAGCAAAGGAGACGGUCCAAGCCAAGCACGAAGCUAGGCAACCUGCCGAAGCAUAUUCGAGGAGAGCAGGUUGCUGCUGGAUGGCCCUCGUGGCUCUCGGACAUAUGCGGGGAGGCUCUCAAUGGCUGGAUUCCUCGAAGAGCGAACACGUUUGAGAAAAUUGACAAGAUUGGACAAGGGACAUAUAGCAAUGUGUACAAAGCCAAGGAUUUGUUGACUGGUAAAAUUGUUGCACUAAAAAAGGUCCGGUUUGACAACUUGGAACCUGAAAGCGUGAGGUUUAUGGCACGAGAAAUUCUCAUUCUACGGCAUCUGGAUCAUCCCAAUGUUGUGAAGUUGGAGGGUUUAGUUACCUCACGAAUGUCCUGCAGCUUGUACCUGGUAUUUGAGUACAUGGAGCAUGAUUUGGCUGGAUUAGCAGCAAGUCCAGCAAUCAAAUUCACUGAGCCACAGGUCAAGUGUUACAUGCAUCAGCUGCUCUCUGGACUAGAGCACUGUCACAAUCGCCGUGUGCUUCACCGUGAUAUUAAGGGCUCAAAUCUACUGAUUGACAAUGGAGGAGUUCUUAAAAUUGGUGAUUUUGGGCUGGCUUCAUUCUAUGAUCCAGACCACAAGCAUCGAAUGACAAGUCGGGUGGUCACUCUGUGGUAUCGUCCCCCUGAACUUCUACUUGGGGCCAAUGAUUAUGGUGUGGGUAUAGACUUGUGGAGUGCUGGUUGUAUACUAGCCGAGUUGUUGGCGGGGAAGCCCAUCAUGCCUGGUCGAACAGAGGUAGAGCAACUCCACAAGAUAUACAAAUUAUGUGGCUCACCUUCAGAGGAGUAUUGGAAGAAAUAUAAGUUGCCAAAUGCAACAUUGUUCAAGCCUCGAGAACCUUAUAGAAGAUGCAUCAGGGAAACAUUUAAGGACUUCCCCCCAUCAUCUUUGCCACUUAUUGAAACUCUUCUGGCAAUCGAUCCAGCAGAACGCGGGACAGCCACUGAUGCUUUGCAAAGCGAAUUCUUCAGGACGGAGCCAUAUGCUUGUGAACCGUCUAGCCUCCCACAGUAUCCCCCCAGUAAGGAAAUGGAUGCUAAAAAACGUGAUGACGAAGCUCGACGGUUGAGAGCAGCUAGUAAAGGACAAGCAGAUGGUUCUAAGAAAGAACGGACACGUGAUCGACGUGUCAGGGCUGUCCCUGCUCCAGAAGCCAAUGCCGAGCUUCAGCAUAACAUUGAUAGAAGACGACUCAUUUCCCAUGCAAAUGCGAAGAGCAAAAGCGAAAAGUUCCCUCCGCCACAUCAGGAUGGAGCGCUUGGUUUCCCAUUGGGAGCUUCUCAUCGUUUUGAUCCGGCUGUUGUCCCUCCCGAUGUCCCAUUUACCUCUACCUCAUUUACUUCUUCGAAAGAGCAUGAUCAAACAUGGUCAGGCCCACUGGUCGACCCUCCCGGUGCUCCAAGGCGAAAGAAGCACAGUGCAGGCGGACAACGAGAGUCUUCAAAAUUAUCUAUGGGGACCAAUAAAGGGAGAAGAGCAGAUUCUCAUUUGAAAGCAUACGAAAGCAAAAGCAUAGCUUAAACGAUCUACCGGACGGAAGACCAUUUGUUUUACAAACACGGAAAAAGUUAGUUCGAGGGUAAACUUCACUCGGUAUUUGUUAUCCAUGUCAAUGUUUAUUUUUUUGUCCCAUGGAGGAUUUAAAUUUUUGCCGUUACCGUUUUUUGGUUUGUUGGGAUGGUCAGUCAAUGUUGGUGCUGUAAAUUUUUGCUUCAGUGGCUUCUUGGUACCAAGUAUUCCAUAUUUUUUACACUCUGAAGAAUUGAAAUAAGUAUUGACAGCCUGAGUUCUCUACUCU